CCCAUUUCUCUCACUAAACCCUCUUCUCUUUCAACCCCGUUUCUAACCCUUUUCAAACCCUAUUAUUCUUCUUCUUUGAUUCUCACAACGCAACCACCGCAAGCUCGCCGGAAAUUCGCCGUGCCGGCAACCAUGCUCCACCAAAACCUUCUAGUCUCCGACAUCUGUGCCCUUGCUGUGUCUGGUACUAUCGCCUUCUCCUUCCUUAGUUUGUUUGAAGAGACUGCUAAACGAUCCCUCUUUGACCAGGUUUCUUCAAACGCCUUCUUUGGAUUCUUCAAUUAUCUCAAUUUUUGUGGUAUAGAUUAAAAAAGAGAUUCUUUUUUUGCUUUCCCCUUUUUUGCAUUUCUUGCAAUUUGAAUUGUAGUUGGGUUUAGUGUGACAACAGGGUUAGUUGGAAAGUGGUAACAAAAAACAUUGUUUAAGAAUCAUGGCAAGCUAAGCAUUAAUGAAGUGUUUUCUUUGUUAAUCGAAUGCAUAUCUGUCAUCCUUUGCAUAAUGAAGAGGAAUUUUUGAAUUCAAUUGUUUAGUUUUAGUCAAGGUUGAUGCAGAGUAGUUAGGUAGGUCCUCUUUGAUUUCUGUUUUUCUUUUUUUUUUUUGUUCUGUUUCUAUUUAUUGUUCUUCAAAUUUCUUCCCAAAAAGUUCAUGCUAUCUUCAAUGAGUGAUGUUAUUUUGAACAUCUUAAAUAUGGGGUGUUCAAGAAACAUCUCUUGUUUCUUAUUUGGUUCCUAGUUCCCUCAGUUUUCAGAAUUCGGUGAACGGAAAGUAGGAACAAGAAAUAGAUUUUAAAGAUUUUUUGUUUCCAUAAUUAAGAUAGUAGAAAACAAGUUAUGAAUCCAAAGCAUUUACUUAGUUUCUAUGUCUUUUCUUGACUUCUUUUACAGGGAAUAGAAAAAAUGUAUUAUUAGAUGCCUUAGUAAAACUUAUUAUGAAUAUGCUGAUAGGUCUUCCCCUUCAUCUACAUUGUUACAACUUACAACAUGUGCAAGGUCAUUUUUGACACACAUUGCAUUUUUUCACAGAGAUUAUUGGAACCUGUCACUAUGAUAUUUUUGUUGGUAUUAGUUCCUGACUUCCAAUAAAUUUGUAAACUAAUAACUAAAGUAAUUCAAUGAUGGAUUUAAUGUUCAAAAUAUUGGUUCCAACUCCCUCUCCCUUCUCUUUUGAUUUUCAUCAAAGUCUAAGGUAAUUUCUUUUCUCCCUCUUCUGUUACUGUUACAAUUUUUGUUUUAUUUUUAAUCUAUAUUUGCUCUUUCUCAUGGUGAUUUAUAUUUUCUUUUUUCUAUUAACUUGAUAAAUUCGUAUUGUGGUGUUGUUCUUAACCUUAUGAUUGUUAAAUUGUGUUGUUUUUGAUAUUUUAAUAAUUUGUUAAUUUGAUAAAAUUAUUCUUGUGGAGAUUUGUUAUUCUUGAUUUUAAUUUAAUUGUUAUUUUUACUUUAGUUCAUGUGUCUUAAUUAAUUAUUUUUUUAAUUUAUUUUUGAAUUUAUAUUUAAAUAAAAUUACAAUACUAUAUUUAAUGUAAUAUUAUUAAUUUAGAUGAUAUUUUAAAAUUUAUAUAAAAUUAUAAUUAUAUUUUAUUAUUUUAGUAUGUAUUUUAUAUUUUAUAUAUAUUUUAUUUCAGUGGCUUAAUUCUGUAUAUCUCUUCUCUCUAUAUAUAAUUUUCCAAUAAGAUUACUUGAUUACUUGACAAGUGUGUAGUUUAAUUAUUUAACUAUAUACGACAAGUGGCAUCCAAAAAAGUAAAGAUAAAAUAGAAACUUCAAAGCAUAUAUAUAACGACAAGAAGAACUUGACUUCGGGCGGGUUCUCUCUGUUGGGAUCUGAAUUCAAACAUGAAAAAAGGUUUUAUAAUUCAAACAUUCCAAAUCAGAGCUUACUGAAAGAGGGUUUUAUUUUAUAAUUCAAUUCUAUUAUUGACUUUCUCUAUCUUUCUCUUCUCUUCUUUCUUUCUCGGGCUCGCUCUCUCUUUAUGAACAUGAUUGGUUCAAAAUACAGAGAUAUUACCGGCGAGGAAGAAGAAGGAGCUCGCCGGUGAUAAAAGCAAUAACUGACAGAGAAGAUAGAGAAUGGCGGUGGUCAGUGCUGCGGUUAGGAGAGUGUCUGGCGAAGAACAAAGAAGACACGGCAGGGGCUCCGAAGCUGUUUCCGACGAGUAGCAGAGAUGGUGAACAAUAAGUUAGAGGUGACGGUGGCUGUUGAUGCAGCUUCAAGGAGAAAGAACAAUGGCAGGGGUUAGGGUGUUGCUGCCGUCAGUGAAAAAGGAGCAGUUAGCAACAAGUUCACGACACCGGUCAAGAGAAUGGAGAGCUCUGAGAUCCAUAUACAAUCCAAAUUUUCUGCAGAGAAAAUGCCGUUAGGGUUCGAGAUGCAAGCAAAGGAACCGCCGGAGGAAGGUGCGAUGGUUUCAGCAAGCGUUCCGGCACUGUAACGCCAGGGGAAGGCAUAAAUUUUGAGCCUGAAAACAGCUCUGAAUUUCUUCCAAAUGUUACAAAUUGAGGCAGGGAGGAAAAACUAUCUGCCUGUAAGGAUCUUGGAGCUGAUGUUGUCAUCAAUUAUAAGAUAGAGACUCCGAUGCACGAGUGAAGGAAGAAAUAGGAGAGAAAGAUCAAAUUGUGGGAUUGUACCUUCAGCGAAACCUGGACAGCUUAAACUUUGAUGGAAGGCUUUUUCUCAUUAGCAUAAUGGGUGGAGCUAUAGGAGAAGUAAAUAUGAACAGUAUGCUCAAUAGGCACCUCACAACUCAGGGUACCAACAAAUUUGUAGCUAGCUGUUCCAGAAUCAAUUCUUGACGGCGACGGAGCACCAUCAAAGAGACAAAGACAGAACCCACUAAAAAAAGAAAGAAAGGAAAAAAAAAAAAGUUGGCAUCAUCAUUUCAAUUUGGGCGCUCCACGCACUUCAGUUCACUCUCUCCAAAACCCUAAACCCUCUUUCUCUCUCCGCCUCCUUCCUCCGUCGGAACCCUAAUGGGAAUGGGACACUGUAUUACCCACCUCGACAAACUCCCUCUCACCUGCCUCUCCCAUUCCCCUUCCUUCUCCUCCUCCACUUCUUCUUCUCACUUUAAACUUUUUGCUCCGAAAACAACCUUCCGAACCCGUUUCUUCCCCCUUCCUACAGCCUAUGGUAAAAGGAACUCCAUUUUCUGUUCUAACGAACACCGCCAUGUGUCCUCUACUGCCGCCGCAGCAGCUGUUGCUGCUCCCGUUCCCGCUGCUGACACCGCCACAAAGGUUGGAAAACGGAUGGACAUAAAGAAGAUCCUGAUCCUUGGAGCUGGACCAAUCGUGAUUGGUCAAGCGUGUGAGUUCGAUUACAGUGGAACGCAAGCAUGCAAGGCUCUCAAAGAAGAAGGGUAUGAAGUUAUUCUAAUAAACUCGAACCCUGCUACUAUAAUGACUGAUCCUGAUAUGGCUGAUAGGACCUAUGUUACCCCUAUGACCCCCGAAUUGGUUGAGCAGGUUCUCGAAGCUGAGCGCCCCGACGCUCUGCUUCCCACCAUGGGUGGCCAAACUGCCCUCAACCUCGCUGUGGCGCUCUCUGAGAGCGGCGCCUUGGAAAAAUACGGUGUGGAAUUGAUUGGGGCGAAGCUGGAGGCUAUUAAGAAGGCUGAGGAUAGGGAUUUGUUUAAGCAGGCUAUGAAGAACAUAGGGAUUAAGACCCCGCCUUCCGGGAUAGGAACCACCAUUAGGGAGUGUAUGGAAAUUGCCAAUGAGAUUGGCGAGUUUCCGUUGAUCAUUAGGCCUGCUUUUACGUUAGGUGGAACGGGUGGUGGGAUUGCAUACAAUAGGGAAGAGUUUGAGGAGAUUUGCAAGGCUGGGAUUGCUGCUAGUUUGACUAGUCAGGUUUUAAUUGAGAAGUCCUUGUUGGGGUGGAAGGAGUAUGAGCUUGAGGUUAUGAGGGACUUGGCUGACAAUGUGGUUAUUAUAUGUUCCAUUGAGAAUAUUGAUCCUAUGGGAGUUCAUACUGGUGACUCAAUCACUGUUGCACCUGCACAGACCCUUACCGAUAAGGAGUAUCAGCGCCUUCGAGAUUACUCCAUUGCUAUAAUUAGAGAGAUUGGGGUGGAAUGUGGGGGAUCCAAUGUGCAGUUUGCUGUCAACCCUGUGAAUGGUGAGGUGAUGGUGAUCGAGAUGAAUCCAAGAGUCUCAAGGUCCUCGGCCCUGGCGUCGAAGGCUACCGGAUUUCCGAUAGCAAAAAUGGCAGCAAAGUUGUCCGUAGGCUAUUCACUGGAUCAAAUCCCAAAUGAUAUAACAAAAAAGACACCGGCUAGUUUUGAGCCCUCCAUAGAUUAUGUGGUUACAAAGAUUCCUCGGUUUGCUUUUGAAAAGUUCCCUGGUUCAAAGCCAAUAUUGACAACGCAGAUGAAGUCUGUUGGUGAGGCAAUGGCUGUAGGUAGAACCUUCCAAGAGUCCUUUCAAAAAGCUGUCCGCUCACUGGAACACGGAUACCCUGGAUGGGGUUGUUCAAAAGUGAAAGAGUUGGACUAUGACUGGGAACGAUUGAAGUAUAGUCUUCGAGUUCCUAACCCUGAACGCAUCCAUGCCAUAUAUGCUGCAAUGAAAAAAGGCAUGAGCAUUAAUGAAAUUUUCGAGCUGAGUUAUAUUGACAAAUGGUUUCUCGCUCAGCUCAGGGAGCUAGUUGAUGUGGAAAAUUUCUUGAUGUCCCACAAUUUGUCUGAUUUGACUAAUGUUGAUUUCUACGAGGUUAAGAAAAGAGGGUUUAGUGAUAAACAGAUAGCAUUUGCAACUAAAUCUGCUGAGAAGGAAGUUCGGUUCAGGCGACUGUCUCUGGGUGUUACUCCAGCAUAUAAGCGAGUUGAUACCUGUGCUGCAGAAUUUGAAGCUAAUACUCCUUAUAUGUAUUCCUCUUAUGAUUUUGAGUGUGAAUCAGCUCCCACUAAAAGAAAGAAGGUUUUAAUUUUGGGUGGUGGACCAAAUAGAAUUGGCCAAGGGAUUGAGUUCGAUUAUUGCUGUUGUCAUGCAUCCUUUUCUCUUCAGGAUGCAGGAUAUGAGACAAUCAUGGUGAAUUCAAAUCCUGAGACAGUCUCUACAGAUUAUGACACCAGUGAUCGUCUGUACUUUGAACCCUUAACUGUUGAAGAUGUUCUGAACAUUAUUGACUUGGAAAGGCCUGAUGGUAUCAUUGUGCAAUUUGGAGGUCAAACACCAUUGAAAUUGUCUCUCCCCAUACAACAAUACCUGGAUGAACACAAGCCAGCAUGUGCCAGUGGGCUUGGUCAUGUACGCAUUUGGGGAACAUCCCCUGAUUCCAUAGAUGCUGCUGAGGACAGAGAAAGGUUCAAUGUGAUGCUCAAUGAAUUAAAGAUUGAACAGCCAAAAGGAGGAAUUGCCAGGAGUGAAAAAGAUGCACUUGCCAUUGCGGAAGAGAUUGGAUACCCAGUUGUUGUUCGCCCUUCCUAUGUUCUGGGAGGUCGAGCAAUGGAGAUUGUUUAUAGUGAUGAUAAACUUGUGACUUAUCUUGAAACUGCUGUUGAGGUGGAUCCAGAACGCCCUGUAUUAAUUGACAAGUAUUUAUCUGAUGCCAUUGAGAUUGACGUUGAUGCACUGGCUGACUCACAUGGCAAUGUGGUCAUUGGUGGGAUAAUGGAGCACAUUGAACAGGCUGGGGUACAUUCCGGUGACUCUGCCUGCUCUAUUCCCACAAGAACUGUUCCAUCUUCUUGCUUGGAGACAAUCAGGUCAUGGACUGAAAAAUUGGCGAAACGACUGAAUGUCUGUGGGCUCAUGAACUGUCAGUAUGCAAUUAAUAAUUCAGAGGAGGUAUUUUUGCUUGAGGCCAACCCUCGUGCUUCUCGUACUGUCCCAUUUGUAUCAAAAGCAAUAGGCCACCCAUUGGCUAAAUAUGCUUCCCUUGUCAUGUCUGGAAAGUCUCUCUAUGAUAUAGAGUUCACAAAAGAGGUCAUUCCUAAAUAUGUGUCCGUCAAGGAAGCUGUUCUUCCCUUUUCAAAAUUUGCAGGCUGUGAUGUGCUUCUAAGUCCUGAGAUGCGAAGUACUGGUGAGGUCAUGGGUAUUGACUCUCUGUAUAAUACUGCAUUUGCUAAGGCUCAAAUUGCUGCCGGCCAGAAGUUACCAACUUCUGGUAUUGUGUUCAUUAGCUUAAAUGAUUUAACGAAGCCUCACCUUGAGAAGAUUGCAAAGACCUUCGUCGAGGCUGGUUUUAAGAUUGUUGCUACUUCUGGAACGGCUCAUGCUCUUGAAUCAGCUAAUAUCCCAGCUGAGAGAGUGCUGAAGAUGCAUGAAGGUAGGCCUCAUGCUGGUGACAUGAUUGCCAAUGGAGACAUUCAGCUGAUGGUGAUAACGAGUUCUGGUGAUGCACUUGAUCGGAUAGAUGGUUUAGCUCUGAGAAGGAUGGCUUUGGAUUACAAGGUUCCCAUUGUCACAACGGUUAACGGAGCUAUAGCAACUGCUGAAGCAAUAAAGAGUUUGAAGUCCAAUUCUAUCAAAAUGAUUGCUCUUCAGGACUUCAUUGAGCGUAAAGAGUGAGAAUAGUUUUGCAGGCAGCCUCUUUCUCUCCGAAGUGGCUAUGUGAUAGAUACCAAUUAUUGUGAGAUUGUACAUCACAUCUUGCUCAAUUUGGGAGAGUGGCAAUUGUAUUUGGAUUGAGAUGCUUUCAUUUGUAGAAUCAAAACAGACGAAAACAAAUAUGAAAGGACAUGUAGUAUGUUGACCCUGUUCCCAACUCCUCCGCAUAGAGCAGUCCUUUACUCCUUUUUUGAUGGUAAAGUUUUCGAUUUGUAGUAUCUUGACCUGACUCCUCAUAAAAGCAGUUGUCAUGUUUUGCAAAAGCUUUUGUAACAUGCUGGAUUCAACUUAUUUGUAAUUAAUCAUUUUAAUAUAACAAAUGCCACACCUAGUGUGAUGUUGCUUACCCUUAUCAAGCGACACACUAAAGUCUCAAACUAUAGACUCUGAAGAGUGUGUACAUGCCUAAAGCUAAUAAAUGUGAAUGUAUGGAAUCAAUUGUAUGGUUUUUAA